GGGCAGAAAACGUCAGCGGAACGCAGAAAUUCGUGAGAGUGAAAGAGAUAAAUAUAUCUCUCCAUGCCUUUCACUCUCACGAGUUUCUGCUUUCUGCCGACGCUUUCUGCCCACAUGGGACUGCAACCUUUAGGCGUGAAGUUAUUCUGCAUGCAAGAUAAAAAGGUCUAUAUAAGUCUAUAUAAAGAUGCAGCGAAGUACUGGAGCAAAAUCCCUCCUACUGUCAAUGGUAUGUUAGGAGGUUUUGGAUUUAUUUCCAAAACAGACCUCGAAGGCUCAAGCGUUUUUUUGAAAUCUCUUUUUAAAAUUGAAACGCCUCCUCAAAACAUAUAUGGUCUUGAUUGUGGAGCUGGAAUUGGUAGAGUAACAAAAAACUUACUUACGAGGUUUUUAAAAAGAGUAGACCUAGUUGAGCAGAAUUCAAAAUUCCUGGAAGCUGCAAAAAUAUACCUCGAGACAUCUUCUGAAAAAAUUGGAGAAUUUUAUCCAAUAGGGUUACAAGACUUUUGUCCUGUGUCAACAAAGUACGAUUUGAUAUGGACUCAAUGGGUUUUGGGUCAUCUUCGGAAUGAGGAUCUGAUCAGAUUUUUGAAGAAUUGUGUGCAUGGUUUGAAGGAAAACGGUGUAAUUGUCAUUAAAGAGAAUGUCACUAGUGUAGACAAAAUGGAUAUCGACACUGCUGAUUCUUCUGUGACGAGACCCUACGGAGAACUGCAUAAAAUAUUCAAACGUGCUGGUUUGAGUUGCAUUAAAGAACAGAAACAGAACGGGAUGCCUCGUGGUCUGUAUCCUGUUUACAUGUUUGCAUUGAGGCCUCAAAUCUCGGCAGCUAAUCUUCAUGAAAUUUAGAUAACAUUAUAAAUAUUUAUUAAUAUACAUUCCUUUACAUUUAAAAUUGGAAUCUUUAAAGAAUUUUUGUCGUAAAAUUUAAUAGUAAAUAAAAUAUAA